UUCAAGAAAGAAAGAGUCUUUCUUCUUCUUCCUGUAAAAGAGAGAGAGAAGAGAGGAGCUUCCUCUGCUCUUCUCCCACCACCCUGCACUGAAAGAUUCAUCUCCCUUUGAGAUCCCCAAACACCCUUUCAGAACCCACACCCCAAAGCUCUCUCCCCACCUCUCCAACCUGAGAUUGUUCAAAUCCCCUGUUUCCCUCUGUGGCCCCCUGCGUGAUGGGUGUUUGCAGCCGGUGUUCCCACACUUCUCACAUCACAGAGAUCAUCAUCACCAGCUUCUUUCGCCACAAGCCUUAGGUUCUUCACCUCGACAGAGACGCGGAGGGAAGACGAGACAGUUUGAUCGUCUGAAGAAACCGCUGUCAUGGAAGUAGCCUGAGUGAAGAGACUUUGACCAAGAUCACCCACCCUUUUUUCUCUUUUUUUGUUCGCGACCUCUGCUGAUGGCGGGCGGUGCUUCGGCUUCGGCUUCGGCUAUCACGACUCUGCUUCAGAACCAAAGGGUCCCUCCUCCUCCUCCUUCUGAUGCCUUUUUCCUUUCUGGGUCUUCUCCUUUUCUGGGUUCAAGAGCCAUGGUGAGCUUCGAAGAUGCUCACAGGGGAAACAGAUUGAACAGACCGUUUUUCCGGUCAAUCGACCCUGAUGAAAACGGGGAAGACGACCUGGAGGAUUACUUCCAUCAGCCUGAAAAGAAGAGGCGCCUGACUGUUGAGCAGGUACAGUUUCUUGAAAAGAGUUUUGAAGUAGAGAACAAGCUCGAGCCAGAUCGCAAAAUCCAGUUGGCAAAAGACCUCGGAUUGCAGCCACGACAGGUAGCGAUAUGGUUUCAGAAUCGUCGUGCACGGUGGAAGACGAAGCAGCUAGAGAAGGAUUAUGAAACUUUGCAAGCUUCUUUUAACACCCUGAAGUCAGACUACGACACUCUCAUCAAGGAGCGGAAUGAUCUGAAAGCCGAGGUUCUUAACCUCACGGACAAGCUACUUCACAAGGGAAAUGAGAAGGAGAGUUCCGAGUCGUCCAGCAAAUCAUCUCAAGGGCUAUUCCAGAACCCCAUUGCUGAUUCUGUUUCUGAGGACGAAGUGUCCAGAGUCCCCAUUCCUACAUGCCGGCCAGAGGAUAUUUGCUCGGUCAAGAGCGGCAUGUUCGAUUCUGAAAGUCCGCAUUACACUGACGCUGCCCACUCUUCGCUCUUAGAGCCCGGUGAUUCUUCCUAUGCUUUCGAACCUGACCAUUCAGACCUAUCUCAAGAUGAAGAAGAUAAUUUGAGCAAGAGCCUUUUGUCCACUCGCAAUUACCCAAAGCUUGAAAACUCUGACUACGCCAUCCUGCCUCCAAAUUCGUGUAACUUUGGAUUCCAUGCUGAGGAUCCUGCCUUUUGGCCUUGGUCAUACUGAAGGCGUCUUUGAUGCCGUUCACUCCCCUUGUUUUCUUGUAUCAUAUAUGAGGGGAUACGCUAUAAGUAUGCAAUAAGCUCCAUCAAUAGCUAGCAUCUGUCCAAAUGCUGUAGUGAGCUUUCUCAAGGAAGUUGGAACCUGUGUUGAUUUCCUUUUCUUUAGGUUUUGUCCUUCAAUGGGAUCGUCUGUUUUCUAUGUAAACUAAAUAAAGAAACCUUGUUUAUCAAUACGAUCUCGAGCAUGUUACCUCUUUGCUA